CAGUGGCACUGGUUCGCUUACGAAGGGUGUUAGUCUGAAGACUACGGCUGCUCCACCGUUGCCACCUCACCGAACAUGCCCAGCACCACCACCACCAGCAGCCCCACCCUCUACAGCGGCCGCUUCGUUAUUGAAUUCCGGUGAUGUACCAGUGCCACCGCAACGCAUUUCUUCGAUACGCAACUCGGGCGGACCGGGCUCGAUACCAGCGGUAGCAUCGAUUAGCAGCAAUAGCAGCCACAGUAGUAGUCACAAUCAGAGUCAUCAUAGUCAAGUUAGCAGCACGGUUACGGUCGUGUCGUCAACGCAGUCGCGCAAGGAUAUAUCGGCGGCUUCGAUCAGCAGUUCGGGCAGUGGAGGUUCAUUGGCAGCCGCUAGCAGUAAGAUGCCGCUCGCCGAUGUAGACCUCGAUAGCAAGUACUCGGUCUACUUCCACAAAGUGACCGAGUUCCCGCCUCCGAUGGUGUUCCUCAACGUGCCGAAAGUGAAUCCGAGCGAGGUGCGAUUGCAACAAACGACGGGAUCCCAACAAUCAUCACAACUACGGCAAUAAGAAGUGAACAUUCGGACAGCAUGCGAACUCGUUCGCAGAGCAAGGAAACCUAUCGGUGGUUACAUUGAAAAAAUGCUUUACCCUAUUCCUCUAUCGCACAAGAGAGGGAAUAACUAGCGACGACAGUAUUCGGUGAUGAAAUGGACGGAACGUGUACGAUGACGUUCACAGAGGCAGUGAUUUGCACGGCUACAUACAUACAACUUAUCUCGUGUACUCAAGCUGUCCUGAGCAAGGGAUUACACGUAUCAAUUAGCUCAAACUUCAUAGCUAACUUCUGUCGGCUCAAUUGUGUUGAUUAGAUAAAAUCGUGCGUGAAAUAGAAUGGUGCGGCUCUAUGACUGCAGCCCCUUUUGUAGGAACACACUCCUCGACAGCAGGAAGUCCUAUCCUUCUCUUAAACUCAGAAGAAAAAGUUCGAUUCCGCCGUGGUGGUGGAGAGAAAAUGGGACUAGGGAAAGCAAAUUUGAGACUCAAGUCACCAAAAACAACCAUAUCAUACGAAGGACAAGUCGUAGAACAACAGAUAGCCAAACGUGAGGACACACACACAUAUACUUAUAAUACUAGCCACGUUACGGAAUCAUCUAAUGUGACCGUCUAGUUGAUCCUACGAAACACAAACUAACCCGAAAACACAAACCACCCUGAAUCAAGAGCGGUGAAUGAGUGAGUUGUAAACGACCUGCACACAACUGGCCUGGGUGUGCGGGGUCGUCCUGUAACUGGUAGAAGAAUCGUUUAGGAGAAGGAAGGGUUUGCGCGCAAUGUGUACAUAAAGAAGAGAAAAACUAAUCGGAAACUGUUGAAUUUUAGUUGUUCAUUCGUUUUGGAGGAGACACACGCAUUAUAGAAUGCUAACGUUGGUCGGUUGAUGGUGGACCCCUUAAGCAGGAAUUUUAAUUCUUUGAAUUCGGAAUUGGAGUUUUGCUGGUUGUGGAGAGGAAGAGUUAGAGAAAGAGAGAGAAAGAGAGAGAGAGAGAGAGAAAGAGAGAGAGAUAUAUAGAGAGAGUAGAGAGAGAAGGAAAUCGAUUUGCAAGAACAUGUGAUCGUAAAUGUGAGUGGGAAAAGAACCACGGGGCAAGGCCAGAACAGUCGACCAUGAAGUACGGCAAAGGACCGAGCAGCGACGAAUGGAAAAUGUAUCCGGUAGGGAAAGGAAAAGUUUUUAAUUUAGGCGGAGAGAUGGAAGGAGGGAAGCCAAUUAACGUUUGCUAAGUUUUGUUAGGAAAACAAGAAGGAAAUGGGAGCAGUAAUAGAUUCGCGAUGGAAGAAUACCACGAGAGGGCAGAGGGUGAUAAAACGGAAUGGUAGCAGUAUGUGUACCAUCAAAUCGUAACGAGAAGGGGAGCUACUAGUGGUACUACCAGCAUGAACUGUGGCAAUAAGAUGCGCUGCGAAAAUGGAGCGAAGCGAAACGUGAAGAGAAGGAGAAGCACGAUAAAGCGACCUUCUCCGCACCGAACCCACGAACAUAAAGCGCAUACAAUAUUCUAGAUACUUUAACUUUCGAGAGGGAACAAUCACUGAAAUGCAGGACAAAUAAGUAAGUGCAGAGCAGUAUAUUAGAGAGCGAUGAUGGAAGGGCAAACGUGAAAAUAGAUCACGAACAGCGUCACUUCAACCAGCACACCGGCCAAUGCCAGGCAUAGCAGAAAAGUAGUGGCAUCCGCCGUGAGUGUAUUAGUCGCGUUCGUGUAAGAGCAGGUGAAGCAUUUUACUGUUUUGGACAGUUGAGUCGAGCGCCUCGCACUUCGAACUCGGGUUUAAGGGAGCGAAAGAACGGGGGAUGGGGAAGCAAAGGAGAACGAUACGGUUCCCCCUUCGGAACACUUUAACAGUAGUAGUUAGCCGUGCGUUUCCACUUUAUUAAUCCAAAUUUGUUAUUUCUCUUCUCGUUGUACAUAUGAACCAUGGAAAAAAGAGAGAAUAUUUAAUCGUA